CUUUUCAAAGGUUGGAGAGAGCGAGAGAUGGCUGCUGCUGCUACUGCGAUUUCAGGGAUUGGAUUUUCAUGGAAGAAUUCGAAUCCGUCUCUCAUCUUCCCAUCUUCUUCUUCUUCGAAUCCUUCUCGAUUCCGUACGAAGAUGCAAGCAGUCUCCGUCGAGAAGAAGAGCUUCACUCUCCAGAAAUCGGAAGAAAUAUUCAAUGCAGCCAAGGAAUUGAUGCCUGGAGGUGUAAAUUCACCUGUUCGUGCCUUCAAAUCAGUUGGGGGACAGCCCAUCGUGUUUGACGCUGUGAAGGGUUCCCAUGCCUGGGACAUAGAUGGAAAUGAGUACAUCGACUAUGUUGGCUCAUGGGGUCCAGCAAUCAUUGGUCAUGCCGACGAUCAGGUAAAUGCAGCAUUGAUCGAGACCCUUAAGAAGGGGACAAGCUUCGGUGCUCCUUGUGUUCUGGAGAAUGUGCUGGCUGAGAUGGUGAUCUCAGCUGUUCCAAGCAUUGAGAUGGUCCGGUUUGUUAACUCAGGCACAGAAGCCUGCAUGGGGGUGCUCCGCCUGACCCGUGCUUUCACUGGUCAAGAGAAACUCAUCAAAUUCGAGGGCUGCUACCACGGACACGCUGACCCCUUCCUUGUCAAAGCUGGCAGUGGGGUUGCUACCCUUGGACUCCCCGACUCCCCUGGUGUUCCCAAAGCUGCCACUUUCGAGACCUUAACCUCCCCCUACAACGACAUCGAGACCGUCGAAAACCUCUUCAAGACAAACAAAGGUGAGAUUGCCGCUGUGAUCCUCGAACCCGUUGUUGGGAAUGCCGGCUUCAUCACACCAAAACCCGGCUUCCUAAAAUUCCUCCGUGAGAUCACAAAAGAAAAUGGUACUCUUCUUGUAUUCGAUGAGGUGAUGACCGGUUUCCGUCUGGCAUAUGGUGGGGCCCAGGAGUAUUUUGGUGUGACUCCUGAUCUUACGACCCUUGGCAAAAUCAUCGGUGGUGGCCUGCCAGUCGGCGCAUAUGGUGGGCGGAGGGAUAUUAUGGAGAUGGUGGCACCAGCAGGGCCCAUGUACCAGGCAGGAACCUUGAGUGGGAACCCAUUGGCAAUGACGGCUGGCAUUCAUACACUGAAGCGGUUACAGAAGCCGGGGAGCUAUGAAUACUUAGCUAAGAUCACCCAAGAGCUUGUUCAGGGGAUUCUAGAUGCUGGGAAGCGGGCUGGGCAUGAGGUGUCGGGUGGGAAUAUCAGUGGAAUGUUCGGGUUCUUUUUCACUGAGGGGCCCGUUUACAAUUUCGCAGACGCGAAGAAGAGCGACACUGCAAAGUUUGCAAGGUUUUUCCAGGGGAUGUUGCGGGAAGGAGUGUACUUUGCACCAUCGCAGUUUGAGGCUGGGUUUACGAGCCUGGCCCAUACAUCCGAAGACAUUGAACGGACGAUUGCUGCAGCUGAUAAGGUUUUCCGGCAGAUAUAAACUGUUGAUUUAUUGGGGUUUUGGUAGCUAUAUUUAUGUGGGUGAGAGUCGUUUUGUAGGGACUUUUCCUUCAGAGGAAUUGUGUGAGAUUUGUAUUGCUUCCAUGUUGUUUAGAUGCAAAGCUUGUAUUGAACUAAUGAAGGACAGCUAUCUUCUUCA